GAUUCUGAUUGGUCCUCCGGAAAAUGAAAAUGACAUUAACCAAGAUGGCGCUGGGCGACAGAGAAAAGUGAUGAGAGGAAAGAACAACAAGCGAUACAACUAUACAACACUGUGCAUGUAUUUAUCCUGUGCGACUAUUUCAGACCAUACCCCUAUCUUAUCAUCGGGAAACUGUCAAGUACGUGCUGAGAGACCGCAUUGGUUUACAGAGAUAUAAUAAUUCAGCUAACUGUUUGCUAACUAGCUGCUAAAGUAGCUAACGUAGCUAACAUUCGCUAACUGCGGAAGGCAAGUGAGGAGAAGGCUGGCAGGCAGCUCGAAGUACAAGCCGACAAGUCGAGCAGAUCUUUUAAAAUCAAGCGACUUCUCCGUUUGAAACAUUAAUUAUCCUUACAGAGUUUGCAGCACGGACCAGGUCAUCCAAACCAGGGGGUUGUCAGAAAACUAGCGUUAUACAUCUGAUAAGGACAGCAGAAAAAGACGAGGAAAGGCGUCAUCUUUGCUGAUCUGACGCCAUGGCUCAUUCCCCUAUUCAAAGUGGACUGACGGGGAUUCAGAAUUUCAGAGCUGAUCCAGAGGAUUUUUUUACCAAGCUGGACAGGAUAGGGAAAGGCUCUUUUGGUGAAGUUUUCAAAGGCAUCGACAAUCGGACUCAGAAAGUUGUGGCCAUUAAAAUCAUUGAUCUGGAAGAAGCGGAGGAUGACAUAGAAGACAUUCAACAGGAAAUCACAGUUCUCAGCCAGUGUGACAGUCCCUUUAUCACCAAGUAUUAUGGAUCCUAUCUCAAGGGUACAAAAUUAUGGAUCAUUAUGGAAUAUUUGGGUGGAGGAUCAGCCCUUGAUUUGUUGGAACCAGGUUCCUUGGAUGAAACGCAGAUUGCCACAAUUCUGAGAGAGAUCCUGAAAGGGCUUGAGUAUCUGCACUCUGAAAAGAAAAUCCACAGAGAUAUCAAAGCUGCCAACGUGUUGCUGUCAGAACAAGGCGAUGUGAAGCUGGCAGACUUUGGAGUGGCGGGCCAGCUGACAGACACCCAGAUAAAAAGGAACACAUUUGUUGGUACUCCUUUCUGGAUGGCACCUGAAGUCAUAAAGCAAUCUGCCUAUGAUUCAAAGGCAGACAUCUGGUCAUUAGGAAUAACAGCAAUAGAACUGGCUAAAGGAGAGCCACCCCACUCUGAGCUUCAUCCUAUGAAGGUCUUAUUCCUCAUCCCAAAGAACAAUCCACCAACACUGGAAGGAAGCUACAGUAAACCACUUAAAGAAUUUGUUGAAGCCUGUUUAAAUAAGGAGCCUAGCUUUAGGCCAACUGCCAAAGAGCUGUUAAAACAUAAGUAUAUUGUAAGGCAUGCCAAAAAGACAUCCUAUCUGACGGAGUUGAUAGACAGAUACAAGAGGUGGAAAUCAGAGCAGUCUCGGGAUGAAUCCAGCUCUGAUGAAUCUGACGAUGAGCCAGAUAACCAGGCAUCUGGAGGAGAUGGCGCUGACACUGGCAAUGAUGACUGGAUCUUCAACACCAUCAGGGAGAAGGACCUAAAAAAGUUUCAGAAUGGGGCAGCACAGCCUGCUGAGCUAAAAAGGAAACAGGUGCAGGAGAGCCCAAAGAGGCCUUUGUCACAAAGCUUAUCAACAAUCUUUUCCCCAUUGUUUUCUGAGUUGAAAGAAAAGGGUGAGACACGUAAUGGCAAGCCAGAGGCUGCAGAAGGACUGCGGGAGGCCAUUUUCCUGGCAGAAGAAACACACCCAGGGAUCUGUGACUCUCUGGUAGCUGAACUAGUGCAGAGACUUCAGAGGUUUUCUGUGCCACAUGCAGCUGCCACUCAGUGAGAGGAGCUACAUCCAGCUCUGCUCUAAUUUUCCACCGACCUCCACAGUCAGAUCUUUUCCUCUGACUUCCACAGCCAAGAUGAAGUCUCCCAGGAAGGUCUCCAUCACUCAUUUGCCUGAAGCAAAUCCUGGCCUACCUAAUGUCUGUUUAUACGCUAGCACACCACCAGAGGGUCCUAUUCAGGACAGUCAGUGGCCAGCCACUCAGCUGCCACCUGCUGUAAGAUGUCCCUUCUCAAUACCUCCUUCACAACUGUUUUAAAUUUAAGGGUGGAGUUAGCUAUCUUUCUGCAAGGACUCUUUGAGUUAUUGAUUUUGGUGAGUUUGUGGCUUUUUCACAAAGGUUUACACUCAGCAUCCUUUUGGAAGAAAGUACCUUGCUUAAUUAAUUGUGUGCAUGUGUGUGUGUGUGGCUGUGCGAGAUAUCCUGUGAAACGUGGUGAAGAGUGACGAGUGGGUUGAAGCAUUCUAUUGAAAACUCAGGUAUCCUGCUUUAAGUAGAUUGGGUCCUCUGGGAGAUGGAAAGAGCUCUAUAGGGUGGUUGUACAGACUUGUAAAUAAGCUAAUUUCUACAGAUUCGUGAAAAAAUAAUUGAGCGUUUGUAAUGGAACCACUGUGUACAAAUGGCCAAAUGCAAACUGUAGAUAAUGGUUGUGAGGUAAAUAUUUUGAGAGACUAAAAUGGCCAUACAUGAGAUUGCCUUGCCUUUUUACUUGUUCUUUUGUAUAUCGGUCUUUGAUUUCUCCAGUUGUAAAACUUUUUAAGUACUCAUCCAAUGAAUGAAAAUGGCUGCCCUCUAUCAUGUUUUACUAUUGAUUUCUUACAUAUUUCUUAAUUCUCUUUAACGUUUUGGUUUCACACUCUAUGCUGUGGCUGUAAUAAUGUUGGAGAAUGUGAAAGAAAAAAGGCUGGAUCGCUGAAGCCCCCACCGGUUUUAAACACUGGAUGCUCUGUUGCCAGCCCUGAUUCCACAAGGCCUCGAGUUGUGUUGGUUUGUUGGACUUUGCCAUCAUCCCUUUUAUUUUUUUUUUAUUUUUUUGCCGUGUGUUCUUGACUGGUUAGAUAAGCUGAGGUUUUGUCAAUUCAUUCCAUUAACAGGGCAGUGCCAUGAUCUAGUUUAUAAAUCAGCAGACUCUGUUAGUCUUCCUAGGAGCUGCAGUGGUACUAUCUAUCUCCUCAGCGUACCUACAGCUUUAAUUGCACUUCAAGUAUAAAUGCCUUUGACUAUAAACAAAGUAGCCAUAAAACAGUAGCACGAGACUUACAGUAUUUUGCAGGUAUGCUAUCUGGAACAAAAAAAAGUCCACCUGAAGUCUCACAGCUUGAACUCUGGAGUUGGUCAUGCAGUGUAAUAUUUGCCUGGCUGUAUCUUAACAUUUGGGCUUGUGAGAGGUUUUUCUUUUGUACAGUAAAUGCAUAUAGACAUAGACUUCUCACAUAGUAGAUGGCUCUCAGAUGUACAUAUUAACGUAAAGCCAGGAGCCAGGUGAGACCAGCCGCACUGCUAUUACUUCUGAGUUUAGUUUAAAAGGAAUGUGCAUGAUAGUAUAACAGUAUAAAGUCUAUUGGUUGGCCUGAGUAGUAUGCGUUGUAGCAUACUGCUACCAGACUGGAGGAAUGUUGAGUCCUCAACAGAGUUGAAUUAGCCUUAGAGUAUUUGUGAUGAAUGGGAUGAACAGUAGGCUUAUCAGCUUUAAAAUGUUAGAUCAAAUGUUUUUGUUGUGAUUUCUUCUGUUUUGUUUCCCCCUCUGGCAUUAAAAUGCAUAUGCAGAAAGAUAAACGAUGAAAGAUAAAAAAAAUAAUUCUAUCAUUCCUUGCCAGAAUAAUGUGUGCAUGAACAAAUGGACUCGUUUUUUUUUUCUCGGACGAGAGGAAUUUUCAUAAAUCUUAAGAGUCAGAUGAUAUAUUGUUUUUGCCACGGGGCAAUACACGGUACACAAAACACAGGGCAAGUUAAAGAGAUGGGUCAACAUUUUGGGAAAUACAAUUAUUCGCUUUCUAGGGCAGAGUUGGAUAAGAAGAUCGACAUUAAAUAUAAGGCAACGUUCGUUAUUUCUUGGCUUGUCUUGGAGACCAGUAACUUCUAAGAAUCUCCGCUGGUUGCCUGGCAACUAGUCCUGGCCAAAAUAUGCCGAUUUGUUGCUUUUACACUUUGGUUUUUGUAUAGAUUAAACAAAACAUAUUAAUUAGUGAACUUUGAGGUGCUGGUAGGAGGAUUUUGUUUCCUCUUGACAGUCAGGCUAGCUGUUUCCCCGUUCCUGCCUUUGUGCUACGAUAAUUGAACUGGCUGCUGGCUAUAAGUGAGCUUUAUAUUUCCCAUAACUUUACAGUUAAAAGAGCGGUAUUGAUCCUCUCAUCUAUAGUUAGCUAGCUAACUCGCUGUCAGAAAGCAAAUAAGCAUAUUUCCCAAAAUGUCAAACUAUUCUUUUAGCUCUUUAAUUUUAUCAUUUAAACAGAACAUUUCCUCCCCAUUUCUUUUCAGAUGCAUUAAAAGUUUUCUUUUCUAGUUGCUAGCUAACUGGGGUGGAAUACUCACUUGAAUGAGUAAAAGACAAAUCUGUAGAAACCGGUUAACCAAAUCAAGAAAAGGUACCAGACUCAAUGAUUUCCACUUUCACUCUGUUUUCUGCUCUUCUAUGAAAAAUGACUCCGCUCUCCAUUCGAACUUAUCAUGUGAAAUGUGCCAUAUGUAAGCCCUCCCCCCAAACUGAGACAAAUUCAAUACAAUUUGCACCUUUUACAUUGUCUGUUAUGACUCUAUCUUUUCAUGUUUUGCACUUUGCAGAUUUAUUUUGUUUUUUUAAAAAAAAUGGUACUAAAAAAGGCUACAAUAUUAUGUUGCAAUUACACCAGUUUUAUUUUCUCUCUUCCCCCCUUUAUGUGAUGUUUGGCAAUAAAGCAGUGUGAUCGCCAGGAGUCAUUUCUUAGCACAAGUAGGCAUAUAUUCAAUUAAACUAUUUUUAUAACCCAAAAGAACAGUAUUAUGUAUUAGAGGGACUAAGGUUGGGUUCUGUGAUGUGUUAAAGUUUCAGUAAACACUGGAUAGCAAUCACUUAAAAUGUACAUUUUAUUUUGUGUGACUUUGCUGACAGUUUAUAGUCCAGUAUACUUGUUUGCUAAUUCCGGACAGUGCUGUUGGAUUUAAUGAAAGUUGUCAAAUGAUUAAGGGAAAAAAUAAAAAUCCAGUGCAAAUCUGA